AUGGUCCCGGAGCGCAGUGCGGUGCCACAGAAAUCCCGCCCGCGCCCCCAGGAGGUGAAGGAGGAGGAGCUGUCCUACCCGGAGUGGAUUAGCCGGAGUUACGUGGAGCUCAUGAGUCUGAACGAGCACUCGAUGCAGGCGCUGUCCUGGAGGAAGCUCUACCUGAGCCGGGCCAAGCUCAAAGCCUCCAGCCGCACCUCGGCUCUGCUCUCCGGGUUCGCCAUGGUUGCAAUGGUAGAAGUCCAACUGGAAGCAGAUCAUGUCUACCCCACUGGUCUCCUGAUUGCGUUUAGUGCCUGUACUACUGUUCUGGUCGCUGUACAUUUAUUUGCACUAAUGAUCAGCACCUGCAUUCUUCCCAACAUUGAAGCAGUGAGCAAUGUCCAUAAUCUGAACUCUGUGAAAGAGUCCCCCCAUGAAAGGAUGCACCGUCACAUUGAACUUGCAUGGGCUUUCUCUACAGUCAUUGGGACGCUGCUGUUCCUGGCUGAAGUUGUCUUGCUUUGUUGGGUGAAGUUUCUUCCAGUGAACAGUCCAAAGUCGGCAGUCAACGAUACAUCUUCUUCUAUCAGCUCUGGCAAAGCAGCAGCUAUUGCUUCAACUUCCAUCAUGGUUCCAUUUGGAUUAAUCUUCAUAGUAUUUGCCGUUCAUUUUUACAGGUCACUGGUCAGCCACAAAACGGAUAGACAGUUCCAGGAGUUAAAUGAACUUGCUGAGAUAGCUCAUCUUCAGGACCAAUUGGACCACAGAGGAGAAUCAAUCCAAUCUCCUGAUCAUUAUGCAUAG